CUUCAGUGUGUGUUGCAGUAUAUAAGCCUGUUAAGUCUGAUAACAAAGAGAGGUUAAUUUUCCAUGAAGAUGAUCAACUUGAAGUUCAUAUUGGCUCUUGUUCUUCUUGUAGUUUCUUCAAAUGCUAGCAUGAUAAAUUCCGGUGAGAUGACCGUGAACACGACGGCAUUGCUAGUAUUCGGAGAUUCAACAGUCGAUUCCGGCAACAAUAACUGGUUGAUUACGUCUUCGAAGGCGAAUUUUUCGCCUUACGGUCAGAACUUUUUCGGUCAUCAUCCGUCAGGAAGGUUUUCUAAUGGAAGACUAGCCACUGAUUUUAUAAUGGAGGCUCUUGGCAUCUCUAACAACAUUCCAGCUUUCUUGGACCCGAGCCUUACGCCGGAGCAACUCCGGCACGGCGUUAGCUUUGCAUCGGCUUCUUCCGGCUACGAUGAAAUGACCGCAAGUUUUUCGAAUGUGCUGUCAUUCUCCAAACAAUUACAGUAUCUGAUGCACUACAAAAUCCAUCUUGGAAAUCUCAUUGGAAAAAAGAAAGCAGAAGAAACAAUAAGGAAUGCAAUCUUUGUAGUAAGUGCAGGCACAAAUGACUUCAUUGCAAAUUACUACCUGGAACUAAACAGAUCAACACAGUUCACAGUACCUCAAUAUGAGAACUACUUAAUCAAAUCCAUGUCCAAAUACAUCAAGACAAUGCAUAGGCUCGGCGGGAGCCGGUUCGCGAUCGUUGGCACUCCGCCGAUGGGCUGCUUGCCGGUUGUGAGAGCACUGAUUAGCACUGAUGGACAAUGCUUCGAUAAAUAUAACAAUGUCGCAAAAUCUUUCAACUCGAAGAUAGUAGCACAAGUGUCUACUCUUGAGAAACUUUUGCAAGUGAGAAUGGUAUAUUUAGAUAUUUACCAUCCUCUGUUUGAAGCUAUACAUAAUCCCAUCAAGUUUGGGUUCAAAGAGACUUCCAAGGGGUGUGUUGGGUCAGGGACAAUGGAAGCUGGAGAAGCUGCAAAGGGUAUGAAGACAUGCAAAGACCCUGCAAAAUAUGUUUUCUGGGACGCUGUUCAUCCUACAGAGAGAAUGUAUAAGAUUAUUGCAGAUGAGGCAAUGAGAGACAUUGUGGUGAAGUUAUAAUAAGCUUUUGUUAUUUUGUCUCUUCAUUUUUAUCCAAAAAUAAAGAAAAAAAUAAAAAAAUUUGUUAGUGUUUGUUAUCUGCAUUUUAUUUGAUACAAUUCGAGAAAAUUGAUGUUUGUAUGUA